CUCAUAAACCAGGCAGGCAAAAGCACACAACAAACUUUCGAUGAAAUUAAAAAUAGAACACGAUACCACCAAGUCUGCUGCAGCAGCAGACCGCCCCGACCAUGAGACAGCAUGGCGACCCUUGGCCAUCCUUGGAAGGCGUAUGUUCCACCAAAAAGAACCAGCCCAACAGGUAGAGUCUGAAGAAUGUGCUCUUGGUACGGGACAAAAGAAGGCAACCUCUGACCAGAAACACGCAGCAGCCCGCAUCCAGAAUGAGAUUGCUCUUGGCCCCUUGCCUUCUGUCUGGGACUCUGUUGAAAAGUACAUGGAUGGAGACUCUGUAUUCAACAUGGCCAACACCUGUUCUACAGCCAAUGAUCUCUUUCGUGAAUCAGAGAGCUUCACCAGGCCAUGCUUGCCCUACAUACUGGGCCAUCAAGCAAGAGCACCCAAGAUCUACUAUGCCAUAGACCCCAACAAGCCACGGUGGUUGCAGAAGAUUGGCAAGCGCAAAAUGGUGCAAGUCAAACAUUCGUUCCUUGUGCUUUUGAUGCAGUCGUCCCCAGAAGUGGAUGGUGGUGACUAUCACAAGGUACAGCUCCAUUUCAUCUUUGACUAUCCAGCCACAGAUACCAUGAAAUUGUUAUAUGAGCAAGUUCGUAUUGAUGGCUACAGAUACAGCACGACGGAAGAGGCGCGGCCUGGCUGGACCAAGGUUCCAGUAGCGCCCAAGUUCCCCGUGACGACCUUGAUGAAAGAGGCCCUCACGACGUGUUUUGACAAAAUGCGUCGUUCUCCACCCUCUUCUUUCCCCUUUCGCCAGCAAGAAGAUGCGCGUGACUUGAUGGGAGCCAUGGAGACGCAUUGUCGUGGCAUCUUGGAUCUGGACGCCUUUCAAAAACGGAAAAUGCAAAGGGCAGAACGUCAAUUAGAACUGCUCAGGCUGAUGCAGCGGGAUGAUUUCCCCUUCCACCACGUCGCAGUGCAUUGAUUGAUUGAUUGAUGCCCGUGGCGUUUGUGUUUUCCAGUCGCAAAUGAACGAUUCCAACAUCCCUUCUUCGCAUCUUAGUGGCCGCAUAUACGUACACGAAACGACGUCUUGCUACUAGCUCGGCAACGGAUGAUAGUAGGGUGAUGGAAUGUUUAUCAUUCAAUCUAGACCCUAUGUUAAUUUAAUAACUAAAUGCUGGCUCCACUAGG